CUCACGGACUGAUGUGGCAGACUUUGCUCCCAGGCAAAACUAAAGAACCCUUCUAUUCAUGGAGGUGAAUGCUACAGAAGCUUUCCACAUGAACCCUGAAGUGAACGUCUGAUACAUUUCCUGUAGAAAGAGAAAGGAACCAAAAUGAAGGAAAGUGUGGCAUCCACAGUUGUUUUCAUUUUGCUACUUUUUCUCAACACCAGUCUCCUGAAUGGACAAUCACCUCCUGGAAAACCUGAGAUCUUGAAAUGUCGUUCUCCUGAAAAGGAAACAUUCACCUGCUGGUGGAAACCUGGGGAAGACGGAGGACUUCCUACUAAUUACACGCUGAUGUACCACAAGGAAGGAGAGACAAUCACACACGAAUGUCCAGACUACAUAACCAGUGGCCCCAAUUCCUGUUACUUCAACAAGAAGCACACCUCCAUAUGGACAAUGUACAUCAUCACGAUAAAUGCCACAAACCAGAUGGGAAGCAGUUCCUCGGACCCACGUUAUGUGGACGUGACUUACAUAGUUGAACCAGACCCUCCUGUGAACCUAACUGUGGAAUUAAAACAGCCAGAAGACAAAAAACCAUAUCUGUGGAUGAAAUGGUACCCACCUACCCUGGUUGACGUUAGAUCUGGUUGGCUCACACUCCAGUAUGAAAUUCGGUUAAAACCCAAGAAAGCAACUGAGUGGGAGACUCAUUUUGCUGGGCAGCAGACUCAGUUUAAGAUUCUCAGCUUAUAUCCAGGACAGAAAUACCUUGUCCAGGUUCGCUGCAAGCCAGACCAUGGAUUCUGGAGUGAGUGGAGCCCAGAGAGCUCCAUCCAGAUACCUAAUGAUGUCACCAUGAAAGAUACCAUCGUGUGGAUCUUUGUGGCCGUUCUUUCUGCUGUCAUCUGUCUGAUUAUGGUCACAGCUGUGGCUUUGAAAGGCCAUAGCAUGGUGACCUGCAUCCUUCCACCAGUUCCUGGGCCAAAAAUAAAAGGAUUUGAUGCUCAUCUGCUGGAGAAGGGCAAGUCGGAGGAACUGCUGAGCGCCCUGGGGUGCCAAGACUUCCCUCCCACUUCUGACUGUGAGGACUUGCUGGUCGAGUUUUUAGAAGUGGAUGACAGCGAGGACCAGCAGCUGAUGCCAGCGCAUUCAAAAGAACACCCGGGUCAAGACGUGAAGCCCACACCCCUGGAUCCAGACAGUGACUCUGGCCGGGGCAGCUGCGACAGCCCUUCCCUUUUGUCUAAAAAGUGUGAGGAAGCCCGGGCAAACCCCUCCAUGUGUAACACUCCUGAGGGCAUUGAGAAGCCAGAGAAUCCCCACACAAAGGUUACCCGCACUCGGGACGCCCAGAGCACACGCUUGGAAGGCAAGAUCCCCUAUUUCCCUGCCGACGGAUCCAAAUCCUCAACAUGGCCUUUACCACAGCCCCCCAGCCAGCACAGCCCCAGAUCUUCUUACCACAGCAUUGCUGAUGUGUGUAAGCUGGCUGUGGGCACGGCGGGGGCAUCGGCCACUUUGUUGGGCAAAACAGACACACACGCUUUAAGAUCUUCAAAACCCACCGAGACUGAAGGGGAGGAAAAGGCAGCUGAGCGGAGAGAAGUAGAAAGCUUCCAUUCCAAGACUGACCAAGGCACAGCAUGGCUGUUACCCCUGGAGAAAACCCCUUUUAUCUCUGUGAAACCCUUGGAUUACGUGGAGAUUCACAAGGUUAACAAAGAUGGAGCACUGUCAUUGCUCCCAAAACACAAAGAGAACAGCAACCAGACAGAGAAGCCCAGUACUCCUGAAGCCAGUAAAGAGUAUGCUAAGGUGUCCAGGGUGAUGGAUAACAACAUCCUGGUGUUAGUGCAGGAUCCGCGAGCUCAGAACCUGGCUGCGUUUGAAGAACCAGCCAAGGAGGCUCCGCCAUCUCUUCAAGAGAAUCCAGCCGAAGAAGACCUGGCCUCCUUCACCUCGUCCCCAAGCAGCUGCGGACUCCAGCUGGGUGGGUUGGAUUACCUGGAUCCCACAUGUUUUAUGCACUCCUUUCAGUGAUAGCUUGAUUAACGGAAUGAUUGGUUAAAAUGUGAUUUCUUUUCAGGUAACACUACAGAGUACAGGAAAUGCACCCUACUAGAGAAUGCUCGAGAAUGUGGGUUAGAAUGACACUAUACAGCCCAUAGUUCGCUCCUCAUGCUCCAUUUUCAACCAGCUGCCUCUUUCUCCAACAGUUGAUUCCAGAACAAAUUGUUUUGUUUCCUGUGAUUUGUAGAUUGACUUUUUUUGCUCUUAGUUAUAAAAUUAUGUGUUCAAUGAAAGAAAAGCACAUCCUUUAGUAUUUUUGAGGGACAGUGCCAAUAGGUAUAUCCUCUGGAAGGGGCUUUCAUGGUCUGGUAUGUGACCAAACGAAAUGAAAUACCCACAGCUGUUUACCACAGGAAGAUGAUAGAUGUGAGAAAAAUGCCAUGAAAACCGCUUUCAAAAACCAACAAACCUUUGCACCCCUCUUUCAUUUUAUUUAGAUUAACCAAAUACGACCCAUUUGAAGAAAGAAUGCAUUCCAGAACACCAGAUACAUUGUUUACAUCAGUUCCUCUCACCUUAGUGAUAUAUUGCCAAUAUGCAAGCCAAAAUGAUGCCUCCAGUUUUUUCUUAAAAUGGUUUGAAUUUGUUAAGCAUGGAUUUUUUUUUCUCCCCCUAAAUUGUAUUUUAUUCUGAAGCCUCUAGAGAAAAUAGUUUUGGAAAGCGAAAUUUUCUAACAUGACAGGUAAAUGAGUUUCAUGUGGUAAAUUCUUCUACAAUGUUUUCCUGUUUCAUUUCAGCAUAAGAGAUAAUUUAUUAUACACCCUAGUCUUCGGUUAGGUUAAAAAAAAAAAUCCCCAAAGACUAAUUUUAAAAGAUAAUCACAGCAGGAUGCUAAUGGAAAUACUGCCUUACUGUACAUACAAAUUCUACUUUAAUA